AUGGCUGAGGCUAUUGCGGCUAUUGGCAUUGUAGCCUCCGUCGUACAGCUUGCAGACUUCGGAUUUAAGCUCAGUGUCAAGCUCUUUACUUUCAGCAAGGCUGUUUCUAGCGCAGAUACUUCCAUUCAGGAAAUCUCUAAUGAUGUCUCUCUUACUUCCACGGUGUUGAAUGAGCUCUGUCAGAUCCUUCAAGCCGAUGAAUCGCAUGUUGUUUCUGAGAAUGCACUUGAGGCCACGAGGCAAACUGUCAAAGAAUGCAUGUCUAUUUUUGAGCAACUCGAUUAUGCAUUGGAUAGGAGUUUGAGAAAUCUAGGGAUGUUAGAGGAUAAGGGGAAAGCAAAGCGGGGCAGAGUAGCUCUUGAGAAACUGAAAUGGCCCUUCAAGCAAAACAAAAUGGAGCUCUUAAGAAGCAACUUGGACAGGUUGAAGGCUUCACUGGCAUUGAUGCUUCAAGUAUUAAGCUAUGCUAGGGACAUUUCGAGCCGAAAGGCCGCCGAUUCCUCUUUUGCCUACCAAAAGCAUCUCAUCGAGAGUCUUGCUCGCUCGGAGCAAGAGACCAAGCGCAGAUAUCAUGCCCUACAAAUGUCGAUAGAAAGCGCGAAUUCUUCAAGAGGCUUGAAUGCAUUCAUAACCACGUCGGUACUUGUCACCGGAGCCUGUGGCAUGGACCCGAUAUCUCAGUCAUCUGAGACUCCAGCCGUCCCUGCUAUUAAGCAUCAAACUCUCAUAGGGGAGCUUCUUCUGUGUUUCCAACUCCUUAAUGAUGUACUUGGACACCAUCUAGCCGCCUCCAAACUUAGCGAGUUGUCUUCCCUGGGUUACGAACAACUACGGCUUACGUUAGAGAGGAUCCAUACUGAAGAGAUAAACCGACUCAGCGAAGAUUUUGCAAAUGCCUCAAAUGAUGCCAAGGCCGAAGCCGUUGAAAACCUCGAAGCUCGACUGAAGGAAUUGGCGAGAGCUGGGAUUCUGAAGGGAGAGAAGCAAAAUGAAAAUGUGGCGGACGGGAAUCAAAACACCACAGAGGCUUCAAUCCCACAGAUAUCAUCACCAAAGCACAACGUACGGAGUUAUUCCGCCUACGAGCCUUUCAUCGAUACGCCUGUUGCGAAAUCGUCAAACGUGACUAUCUUUGAUAGCCUUUUCCCCACUCCAUCUACGCCAGAUGGAUCUCAGUUUAAACAAGGAAAGGCACCUGGUCUCUCCGAGAUUCCAACAGAGGAACCGUCCACGACCUUCUUCAGCGACUUCGAUGUUGAGGAAGGAAUCGCUGCUGAAGCUAUGAGACUCGCCGAAGAACAAGAAGUUCGGCAGUAUGAAAGCGAUGGGAGUGAUUUCAAGGGCAUCGAUCUAUAUCAUGAUAAUCAUAUUUCGCAUGGUAUGGAUCCAGAGCAGGAAGGAAGCUUAGUCGUCGAGGAUCUUCUGUCUAAAUGGACGACUCUGUCCCCUACAAUUUACUGA